UAGAGGGGAGCAGUCAUUAACAAUAGGUGAUCACACAAGGAAUAAAGCUUAUUGAUUACCGCUGUUCGAUUGUAAAGUUGCGCAUAAUCACCGCUCCCUAACAACAUCAACUAGUCCCGAAAUUGCCUGCCUGGAUACGCUUAGUGGCAAUCUAGUGGAACGCGGCAGAGAUCGUCGCAGAAUUAGUCGGUAUGUGCCCGUGUCCCUGGUUUUUAUGGUAAUUUGUCAAGUGACAUCGGUGAUCCAAGUAUUGGACUAUUGGAAUGCAAUGAAUGGGCUUUAAAACAACCUUGGUGCUAAUUUGCACGACGCAACGACAUCAACUGCUACGGCUACUCAUAUGAGACAACCCUGUCGUCUACGACGGACAAAGAUAUUGCUGUACGUCGUUUGGUAGGAUCGUCUAUAGACACUCGAUCACGGGACUAUCGAUGAGAGACACACCUUCAGGAAACAACCACAGGACGCCCGGAUAUCGACGCCCCGCAUCAUGAAGGCCCAUCCAUUAUUGAGGAGGAAGCCGACCACACACGUGGAAGGAGACACGUUUGUUCGCUAAGUAACAGCGUGUUGUAACACGGUCCAACCUAGCCACAUCUUCACCGUAGCCACAUACAGCGUUAACACUGUAAUCACGCGGGUUGAGGAAACAGCUGACAAGAACCCGUUCUCAAUACAUAGUUAUACCUCUGUAAUCACAUCCUCCACGAAUACCUAGAAAAAGGACAUCUCGUAGCUUACAAGACUAUUGGAAAGAACAGUUGGAUUGGAUUCAGUCGAAUUAUUCUGUUCAGAUAAAAUGACCUCUUUCCAUGAUGCCAGUAGACUGUGAGAAUCGUCCUCUGUGUUGAGACGGUUCAGCAAGUGCUCUCAGAAACUUAUAAUUAUCAGUAUCUCAUUUUAAAGACGUUUGAACUGUGGUCAAAAUGCCCAAAGCCACCGGUCUUCAGUUUUUCAGGAAACGCCAGUCUUUGGCCAACUUGGAGUUCGAGAGGCCCCAGAGUCUGUCCUCGGUGUACGAAGCCGUGAAACAGGCCGCGCUGGGUAUCGAGGAGCGUCUGUCAAUGCUGGAGAUGUCCUUCUACGGCCCUGGAAAACACAUAGAAGAGGAGGUGAAGAAAUGGCUGCCUCAGAUAGAAGCCGUCAUCAAGCCUGCCCGCUACACGGAGCUGAGUUGUCGCCGACAGGUUGUGGACAUCACGGAGCGGGUCCACAACGCUGCGGACAAGCUGAUGGUGGACAUGCAUUGUCUGUCUGCUGUGCAUGAGUGUGUCAGGAAGAUUCUUACAACCCUAAGGCUUGGCUUCUCUGACAUGAUUCUCGUCAUACAGAAACUGCUGUCGUAUACGAAUAAAUACAUGCUGAGCUUCAGUGCCCCUCUUGGAGACUCUUACCUGGAGACAGCUACCAACUAUGAAAAACAACGUCAAGAACUGUCACAGGCUAUUCAAGUGAAUGUGGACAAUAUUACAGAGAUGGCGGAUAAAUUUGAGCGUGAUGAGCUGCAUAUCAAUCACUUCGAUUACUGGGUGAAGACGGUCGCUGAGCGUUGUGACUGCAUGCAUGCGUCGAUACUCAUGGCAUUUCCGGCUGCCUGUGAGAACAUCAGGAACGUGUGCGCGGACAUCCGGAAGUGGCUGGAGGCGGAUAGCUCGUAUUCCACCUAUCUGAUGUUUGAUAUCGAGGCGCUGGAAUCUCAGCGCGAGACUCAGACUAGGAAAGUGCGAGACCUGCAGGUGAAGGUAUGCAAUACCGAGUACAAGGUGAAGGUCAUCAAGAAGGACAUCACUGACUGUGAUGAGGAGUUGGUUCGAGUCAGCAGCAAGGAGAAGGAGCUGCAGCAGGAGGAGAGUUAUCUGAUGGUGGCACACCAUGAUGUGCUGUUUGACCUCGAGAUCAAGGACUUCAGGAUAGAGGACAUGAAGCGCCAGUCCACGAAGAACAACAGCCGUGAGUUCAACGAGGCCUAUGAGCGUCUGUUGAGUGAGAUUAACGCGCUGAAGGACAAGAAGCCUGCCAUAGACCGGAAGUUGGGAGAUAUUAACAAGAAGAUGGCGUGGAUCCGGGAGAAGCAAGAGAAGGCUCGGCAGCGGUCCAGUCAGCUGGAGGAUGCCAAGACCGACUUGAGACAUGCCAAGAAGACGGCGCGGAAGGCGGAGGUAGAGCUGGAGAGAGUGGAGACAUGUCUGACAAAGGUCAAGGACAUUCACCGCAUCAAAACAAGUCCCGAAACCCUCAAGAAAAUCUUCCACAAGCUGCCCUUCACUCCUCGGAAGUUAAACGCCUCGAAGAAAACGGAUAAACUAGAGCGAGCCUGCCGCAUCACUGCCGCCUGGGUGGAGGGGGACUGGGUCAAGCUGUACCGCUCCCUCCCGUUCUACCCGGCCCGGGGGGAGGAGACGGUGGGCGCUGACAUCGACAACAUCUUCAAGACGUACAUGCGGCACACGGUGGAGGAACAGGCCAAACAGGCACUAUGUCGCUGGCGGCGGAUGCACACGCGGGCAAAGUUGGAGGACCUCGUGGACACUUUACAUGAAAUUCGGCGGAGGGAUAUUGUUGACAAAAUUGAGGAAGAUUUUAAUGCGAGGAAAAAGCCUCACAUUCAGACGCCUCUUGUCAGGACUGUUCACUUCCCCAAACUUCCGGUUAGGUAGAUCUUCAUAACCCUUACAACCGGUCUGUUGUGUUGAGCACAUUUGCAUCAGGAGACGGUGACGUCACUUCCGGGGAAGGGUGUUUGACGUUUCCUCGGAUCAGGUGAAUGGGAGUGCGUUGUCAACAUGUCCUACAGUUUCAGCAGUUGCGAAAAUCAGUGUGAGACCUCACCUAGAGCGGGGACAGAUGGUAUUGUUUGCGUAACGCGAAUCCAUCUGAAGAAUAUAAAGAUUUUUUCGACCUCACAAUCUAACCCUUGUUUUUGAUUAUACUGAAUGGAAGCGAAUAUUUGAAGGUGUCUCAUGGGUUAUUGUUCCGUUGAUGAAAGUGCGGCGUCAAAUGUGCACGUGAGUUGAUUUUACCACCGCUUCGAACAAUAAUGUUACAGUGAGUCAGCUGAAUGCUGGAAUAUACUCGAGGUAAAGUAUUAACAAACCCGCUCAUUCUUGCACGCGUAAGGGACUCAGUUGUGCCCAGUGAGCUAAGGUACCUCAGACGACAGUGCUGUCAGCUCCCUUCGCCCUUAGCCUCAAACUAGACAGUGUAGGUAAGAAAUAUUUUGUAGGAAACCAGGCAAAAUUCCUCCAACACAUAAUUGCUAGGGAAAGCCACCAUAAUGCCAAACUCCUUGUACUGACAAACCUGGAUUCGAACUCAGCAACUCUGCACAGCGAAUUUAGGCGUUUGCGACAUGUGGGUCGGGUCAUGCGACAUCAGGAAUGUGCUUCAUCUACUUGCGUUCAUUCAGUGCCUUAGGUUGGAGUGUUUGGUAGUCGAACUUUACCUAUCCAUUUGUUUAAAAAAAGUGAUGAGAAAUAAGACAACAUUUUACCGAGGCCUAUUGUAAGUUUCCAUGAGUCAGUACGACUCCGCUAAGAUGAGUUAGCCAAUGUUCCACUUAUUUCUGAUAAAAGAACCCAUGCAGAACAGUUGACCGCCGUGGAUGGUGUGCAUUGUUUCUGUUUGGUGAGACUCCACAUUGCGCACGCGUCAGCGAGAAUCCUUGUAACAAACGUUGACCAAUCAGAGAACUGUGUGCUGUCCUCGCACGUGUUGUAUUGUCUCAAUAAACUACCACAAGUUGA